AUGUCGCUGCUAAUAUUUAACAUCAGCUACAACACAUCCAACAUGGCGGCCUCCUUCUUCAGCUUGACACCCGAAACGGAGCAUGAAAAUGUAACAGACAAGGUGGCUUUUCAGACAGUAACCAUGGUGACAAAUGGUACCAACACUACUGCCAUUCCACCACCUAACAUAGAAACUGGGAGGUCAAGUAUGGGGUUGGUGCUCGUACCAGUUGGAAUUAUCACUAUUAUAGCGUUAACUGUGGCUAUGGUUCUGUACAUCAGGAAAAGGAAAAGGCUGGAAAAGCUACGUCACCAGCUUAUGCCAAUGUACAACUUUGACCCUGGUGAGGAGCAGGACGAGCUAGAGCAGGAGCUACUCGAUCACGGCCGUGAGACAGCUUCGCAGGCAUCCCAGAGCAAGAUUCUGAUGCCAAGUCAAGGAUCCUUGCAGAGGCCCAGCAGACUUGUGUUCACUGAUGUGGCCAAUGCCAUUCAUGCCUGA